CAGCCGGGCCUGCCGCCCGCCCCGAGGGGGGCGCCGGCCCCGCGCCGGCUGCGCGCCGCGCUCCGCGGCCCCGCGCAUUGUCGCCGCCCGGCCCGGCCUGGCGCGGCCCAGCCCGGCCCGGCCGGGCCCGGCGGAGCCGCCGCCGCCGCCCCGUGGAGCGGAGCGGAGCGGUGCCGGCGGCCGAAGAGCCUCGCCGGGAAGGCAGCCGCUGGGUUGCGCGCCCGGGGGUUGUGUGCCCCGCGUCUCGCAGCGCCCCGCAGAAGAAGAACCCAGUUGCUUAAGGGCUUACCUGCAACAAGCACCGUCGAAGAAAAUGCAGCAGCUGGUGUUUCAGUUUAUACCUUUAAUGUAACUGUUUCUCCAUUGUCUUCUGAAGGCGUUGCAAUACUUCCUACCAUAGUAAAUUCAAAUCCACUUACAGAGGCUUUUGAUAUUGAAUCAAGAGGAGGUCUUGAAUACAGGGUUGUUACCACUGGAAACCCUGUUCUAGAUUAUGAAACUAUGCCAAAGAGGUUUGAUUUAGAAAUUUUUGUUGAAGACACAUCUGGAAGAACUGACCUUAACAUACUCACUGUCCAAGUAAUAGAUAAAAAUGAGCGUCCUGUGUUUCGAGGAAAUAUGGCAAUUCAAACUGUAAUGAUCUAUGUCUUGGAAGGAACACCUCCAGAACACAUUUACCAAGUUGAUGCAGCUGAUCCUGAAAAUGCUGAUCUCAAAUAUUCACUGCUCCCUGCAUCAGUGCCAUUCUUGGUCUUGGAAAGUGGAGCCAUUUUUUCCACAAAAGAAUUUGAUUAUGAGAAAGAUCCACAUUGUUACCUUUUAAAUAUAACAGCAACAGAUCCAGAUGGACUCAACACGACUAAAACAGUGAACAUAAAUAUAAUUAAUAUCAAUGAUGAAAGACCUUAUUUUACCACAGGAGAAGACAGUGUAGCACCUGGGUCAUGCCAAGAGGUUUUCAGCCACUUGUUUGGAGCAAUCUUCUGGGUGUUUUGUGGAGGCAGAACAAUGCAUGGUUCCUGGGCUGAGGCCAAGGAUCUGGACCUUGCUAGAAAACAAAGAAUCUACAGGAUUCCAGAGGAGCAAAGCCCAGGUACUGUUGUUGCCAAUAUAACAGCUAAAGAUCCUGAUGAUGAAGACUCUCCCAGCAGACUUUUCUACAGCAUCCAGUCUUCUGACAGAUAUUUCUCCAUAAAUCCAUCAACAGGAACACUGCAGGUGACUGGGAGAAUCAACCGAGAUGCCAUUCCUCUGCGGCUCCAUCCUAACAUCUCAUUGAUAGUCCGGGUGGAGGACAGUCCCAGCAGUGGUCACACCAGUGAAAUUGAAAUCACAGUCAUUAUUGAGGAUAUCAAUGACAACCCACCAGAAUGCAAUCCUUCUACCUUCAGGAAAGAGGCAAAUGAAAAUAUGACUGCUGGGACAUUUCUUCUUGAUCUUAGAAAUUACUGUAAAGAUAUUGAUGUUGAUCCAUCAAACAAUCAAUUUAAAUUCACUGGAUUAUCUGGUUUUGGAAGCAAUAACUUCGCUCUGGAAUCUACUGUGUCUGGAAGACUUGUGAUGACUGAAAGUAUUGAUUUAGAAAGCCCAGCUAAUAUAGGAGUUGAAGUUUAUUGUUUGACUGUCAGAGUGCAAGAUAUUGCCUGUCCUACCUACUCAAAUAUCAUCUACAUUUACAUCAGGAUAAAGCCAGUGAAUGAAUUUUUUCCUGUCUUCAGUAAUUUAUCAUAUGUAUUUAAUGUUCCAGAAACUACUAAAGUUGGAUCCAGCAUUGGAAGAGUGAAUGCCAGAGACAAGGACAGGCCACCCAGUGUCAUCACUUAUUCCAUUAUAUCUGGAGAAGGCACCAGGGAUUACACAAAUAUCUUCUGGAUCAGCCCAACCAAAGGAGAUGUGAAGCUUUUAGCUAGAUUAGACUAUGAAUCAACUCAGAAACACAUCCUCACAGUCCAGGCCUCAGACCAAGAGAAGACUGCAACAGCAUCUGUAACUGUCAAUGUUUUGGAAGUAAAUGAUGAAGAACCAAUUUGUUCACCCAGAUUCUAUUCAUUUCAAAUUCCAGUCAGCUUAGCUGUUGGGACCAAUAUUAAUGGCUUCAGGAUUGAAUGUCAAGAUCGCGAUUCUGAUCCCAGGUCUUUCCGUUACUUCAUCAACAAAGGCAACGUGAACAAUCAUUUCACCUUUUCACCAAGUGCUGGCUCCAACACAUCUCGAUUGAUUCUUGCAUCAAGGUUUGACUAUGAGAGCGGACUUGACACAAACUGGAUUUAUAGACUGCGCGUCUAUAUAACAGACGACAAUUUACUAUCUGCCAGGGACAAAACUACACACCCAAUUAAAACUGGGAUGCUGACUUUAAGCAUCAGAGUUAUUCCAAACCCAACUACCGUCAUUACCACAACACCUGGCUUCACUGUUGUGACAAAAAGGGAAAACAUCUACUCUGAAUCAGCGUGGUACGUGCCAUUCAUCAUCACCCUCGACGGUUUGCUGCUCCUGGGACUGCUGGGGUACCUAGGGUUCCUGCUAGUGACGUGGGUCCGCACCCGCUGCCCUCCGGCAAGCAAAGCAGAUGGCGUGGCUCCGAUAAAUGCUCCAGAAAAGAAGAAACCUAGGAAAGAAGUAGUUGUGACAAUGACAAAGCUAAACACUGCCUUUGAUGGAGAAGCCAGAGACCCAGUUACUGGCAAAAUGUAUGAAUUCAAUACGCGGUCAGGGGCCCGGAGGUGGAAGAAGAGCACUGAGCCCCUUCAGCCGGUGCUGGCUGCACAAGCAAGAUCCAGUGCUGCAGACGGUAGUGGCCAAGCUACAGACAGAGCAGAGGCACCAAGCAAAAAAGAACCUUCAGAGAAGGGGAAAGAGUCGGCUGCAGGGACAAAACUAGAUGCCAAGCCCUCAGCAGGGCAAUCAGAAAUACCAGGCCAGGAUGGGCUGAGAUUACAAAAACAGAAAUAAGAGUCUGAGGACAAGGGGUUAUCCUCGCUAGCCCCCCAAGGCAGAUACUGACCUCCUUUCCCAAAAUGAACACUGCAUUGCUAUUAAGCCAGCCUUAAAACAGAGUGCAUGAGACUCCAAGGUACCUCCUAAAUGACCCUUACUCUGAACAGCCAGAAUCAGAUGUGAUUUUCUCUAUAUAUAUCUCAGCUGCAAAACAUAAAGUGGCUCUUGCUGUGUAAACUUGGAACCAAAAGGCAGGAUGAAGCCAGACUUACCUUUGGCAGGUGCAGGUAAGAAUGGGAGAGAAGGGGAAACUGUAAAAGGGGGAGAAGAAGAAAUAAAAGCGGGGUCACAGACAGAAGCAUCUGCUGCCCUCUGCCCCUGGGCUACAGCCACUGGAGGUUUCCUCCUGGAAGAGCUCUGCACCCCGAGACCAACACGGCCACAUCCUCCGACUGCCUUUGGGGAGGGCAGCAUCCACACAGACAUGCUUUCUUACCAGUGAAUGGGAUGUCCUGUCCCUGCUGAGCAGCAGAAUGGGUGAAAAGCACAUCAGGGUAAAAAUAUUUUCUUUUCAUUGAGUAUUUUAUUUCAGCCCUUCCUCACCCUCCCAGCUUGCUGUAGAAAAGACCAUGGCUUGAAAGCAAUUUUGGAGUGGAGAAAGCCCACAGCUUGUUAUGGUAUCUCAGGCUGUCAUGUCAAUGCUUUCAGCUUAUUUAUCUUUUGUAACACUAGCAGCAUUCAGUAUCUUCACCUUUGGUAUUUCCUCUGGCAUAUUUAAUGUUUUACAGAAUCAAGUGGAACACACUCAAAAGAAUAAUGACAGCAAACACAUGGGGUAAAAUAAUCUUUUCUGUGUGGCAAUGUAUAAUGUCUGUGCUAUCUAAAAACCUGACAUAAACCAAGCAAACCCUACAAGAUUUCAGAAAAUUAUUUUAAUUUGAAGAAAAUUAAUUAUAAAUGAUGACUUUAUA